UCUAAUACCAUCGCUGAAGAAUUGGGCAGGAGGGGGGUGAGACUGGGCCGACGAGCGGCGACCGUGGGAUGGGCCGGCCCAUACGGAAUCCUACUCGGUUUCGGUGUUGGGCUAGCGAUGAAUAAUCAGCAGAUGGCAAGCAGGCGCUACGAGCGAGCGCCGGCGAGAAGCGAAGCGACGAGGGCAGAGCGUGAAGAGCCGCCGCCGCCGCCUCCGAGCUAGGUUUUCGCCGGCCGACUGAAGAGCCGAGAUCGCAGCAGCGGUAUUUUCUCCUGCAGUGCGCAGACCAGAAAACAUGGUUGACGCAAUCAAGGGGCUGUUUAUAUCCUGCGACGUGCCCAUGGCGCAGUUCAUCGUCGAUCUGAAUGCCUCUCUGCCCGCGUCCGAGACGUUCAUCGUGCGCAUGCUUGAUCCUACGCACAUGUAUGUGCUGCCCCAUGUGGGACAGAUGAUCAAAAGCAAGGUAGAAGAGUUCAGGAAGCAAAACAGUUACAGGCCGUGAUGAAGAAGAACCAUUCAUUCGCAAUUCCAUCGCCACCCUCCAUUCAAAGAUACACGUCUUAAUUCGGCUCGAUCAUACCUAUGUAAUAGCUUAGGACUGCAAUAGAAUGGAUGUAUAAUGCAGUCUUCUUAUAGUUGAUGAGUAGGCUACAUUGUGAUGAAUUAUGAUGAUGUACGUGUACUUUUCAUGAAUAUAGAUCAACCUUCAUACAGAC